AUGUCUGUCACAACAAAACCAUUCACAUCUUUCCUCAUCCAGGACAUCCUGGCGCAGAAGGAGGUACCGGGAGGUCCCAGACAAAGACUGGCCCCUUUAGGAACAGAUGCGUCCAAGCCCUGGCCAGAGGGUAGACGGUCAGCCGACCAGAAGACAAGAUACGGAGGGGAUUCGGAGACUGGAGCUGAAGAGGUUGCGAGAGAGACAGACCUGGAGGUUGGAGCUCCGUCAGGCAUUGCCGUUCACAGGAGGGCCGAGGUCUCGCCCACAGGGGUGAGGAGCCCCAAGAAAAAGCGUACGCGAGCAGCCUUCUCCCACGCCCAGGUGCUGGAGCUAGAGCGGAGGUUCGACGGGCAGAGGUACCUGUCGGCGCCCGAGAGGGCCGACCUGGCCACUGCGCUGAAGCUCACCGAGACGCAGGUGAAGAUCUGGUUCCAAAACCGCAGGUACAAGACUAAGAGGAAGAUGCUGUCGGCCAGCCAGAGCUACGCUGUGCCCAAGGAGCAGGUGGGCACAAUGGAGAGGACACCAUUCAUGUCCUCCUACCAGAGUUACCGGCACUAUCCCUAUCUGUACUGCCUGGGAUCCUUUAGCCCCACCCUGUGGUGA